AUGGGUGGCACAAAGGAGAUCGACCUUGAAGUGGAUGCUGCAAAGGUGAGUGCGGCUGCUGAGCAAGGAUACUUUUUGGUCGAUGACGAUGAUAUGCAACAAACGAGUGCCGAAAUCGAAAACCACGAAAUGGUCGGCGAUGUCGACCUGUUGACAGAAGCACAGCAGAAGUCUUUCUUCAUGUUGAAAGAAUCGAGCAAAUAUCCGAUCUUCAAGGUGAAGCGAGUCAGCUUGAGCUUCAGUGGGGCUUCCGUUUUCUUCAUGACACCCAUGCGGGACGGCAAUGUUCCAAUGCCUGCAUCGGUUCUGAAGUUCGAUUCCAAGGAGUGCAUCGAAGAUGAGAUGGAAAAGACCAACAAGUACAGGAUGCUCUUUGGUUCGACGACGCCUCAGGUGAAGGACUACGUUCUGGUGGAUACGAAGGAUCCAUCCUCCGUGAUGCAGAUCGACCUCUGCGGCGGCGUCUUCGGGCUCCCGGAGUUUGCAAAGGCACCGCCGGUGCAUACCUUUGCCUCCAUCUUGGAGGAGGAGCUCAAAGAGGUAAGCAUGUCGGUGGACAUCAUUCCUAUCAUCAAUGAGGCGCUGGAGAGGCGGAUGUACCAUUUCACCAUGUCAGAUCGCAAGGUUAGCACUCUAUCGUUGGCGGACUCCUACAAGAUCGUGCGGUUUGUGGGCCACGGUAUCCUCAAUCGAGCCAAGGAGGGUGCAAAGCGUGCGGCAAAGUCGCCGGCAUUGGCAGCCGGAUUCCAGAAUCCCGUGGAGGUGGACGACCUGGAUCCAGAAGGCAAGAUCAUCCAAGAGCUUUGUGGUCGGAAGCAGACCGUGCGAGAUAUGUUCCAAAAGUUUUCGGGUAUGGAAUCGAAGCUCUCAGAGCACUUCAAGAGGCCUGUGGUGGUCGGUUUGUGCCACAAUGACCUGCACGGCGGGAACCUUCUCGUUGAUUCACAGGGUCUUGUGUGGCUGAUUGACUUUGCUACAGUGGAGUCGGGCAAACACGUGCUGAUGGACCUGUCGAAGUUCCUCUCCGCAUGCGCCUUUAUGUACUUGCAGGACUCUGUCAAUGAGAAGGGCAUUCAGGCCAUCGCCAAGAUCCUGUUCACGACCCCGGAUGCGACAACCGAUCUACCGUCGGCACUGAUGGACGAAGUGAAGGACGACCCUGUUGCCAGGCUGUUCUAUCAGAUCAUGGUGCGAAUUCGCCACUGCAUGUGCCUAUACGAAAGUGGUCCUGGUUCACCAGGGAACGAUGGUUCCCCUUUUGCGAUUGCGCUCUCAGCAUGGUCGGCCCGAAUGCAGAGCUACAGUGAGCCAUCCUUGCACCAGAAGACGAGAGCAUUGUACUGGGCGGUCGCCGGUGUCCAGCGCCUCUUGUGGCAGAUGAAGGAAGACAUCGGUCCAACAGCUUCGAAGUGGAUCGAGGAAUCGCUGGGAACGUGGGAAGGACAGAAAGGUCGACGAUUGAGUACAUCUGCGGCGCAAGACAGGAGUCCUGCUCCAGCUUAUGAGUUUGAGCUCGAGUUUCAGACGUACUGCGCCCAAGCCGGGGCUUCAGAGGCAUGGACGACCGAUAUCCUCACACGUGAGAAAGUGAACGUCACCGAGCAUUGCGUUGAGCUUGCACUGAAGUUCGUGGGUUCGCUGAACACUCGUCUCAUUCUCCUUCCUGACAAGGCCAAGACGCUGUGGACGAAGAUCACGAAGGUGUACAAACAGUUUGCCCCAGAUUUACUGACUCUGGAGCUUUUCUGUGGUCGGACCUUGGUGGUCGGUGACGGUGGAACGGGCAAGUCCGUCUUGACGAAGCAGCUUCUGGCCGAGGUCGCCCAGAUGGAGGUCGGGACCAUUCACGAGCGUGCAGAUGCGGAGCGAAAGGGUCCCAGAGACGAAGGGAGGGCAACGAAGUCCAAGCCGGUCCCUCGCGCGCCGUACCAAGUUAUGGUCCCGCUCCGGGUGCCAUUGGUGGAUUUGGCGCGACAGCUGCAAGAGUCCCCAGACAUGGGCGUUGACCCCGACGUGCUGAAUGAUCUCCUGGCCGUGUGGAUGGCUCGGAAGUACGGCGGGGAUUCAACCUUGGUGCAGCUCAUCACACAGGUUCGUCAAGCAAGCCACGAAGCAGCGGAUGAAGAGGAGGCAGGCGUAGCAGACAACAAUGACAUCCUGGGCUUGUUCGUGCUCCUGGAUGGUUUGGAUGAGGCUGCAGCAGAACGAACCAACAUCCUUCUCUUCAUCACGUCCCUGCUGGAGGCAGAGCCUUGCCACUUUCCCUUGCUGACCGCACGGCCGGGGGUGCUGGGAUUUGCAGAGAAGGAGAAGCUUGCGGCCAACGGCUUUAUCGGGUGCCUCAUGUCAAAGCUGCCCAUUAAAAGUUCCGUGCAGAUUGCUACUUCGAUCCUGCAACGCAGCAAGGAAUCGGAGGAGAGGACCCAGAGGAUGCUUGCGAUCAUCGAGAACCCGGCCUAUGCAGGGCUGACUGGCAAUCCCAUGUGCUUGACUCUGCUCACACACGUCUUGCGCAAGUCCCUAAAGGAGGAAUCCAGCCAACCGGUGGUCCUAACCAGGACAGACAUGUAUCAGCGGGCCCUGAAGUUGAUGCUUCACCAGGCUGAUGCCGCGAAGUUCAUGUCUCGGGAUGGUGAAGCGGACUUGAAAACGGUUCGGCAGCUGGAAAUGCUGAAGGGCCCCAAAUCGCGGAUGUUCUUGCAAGCCAUUGCCUGGCAGGAGCAUUGCACACGGCAGCGCAGCUUCACCUUGGAAGAGGCCGAGGCGAUCUGCACCGACAAGGACAUCUUUGAAGCUUUCAGAGAUAGCAUCAGCGGGGGCCGCUUGCCGGCGUUCACGGUGACGGAUGGAGCCAAAGGUCAGGAGAUUCAGUUGGCUCACCUUUCUUUCCAGGAGCUUCUUGCAUCUGAGUACGCAACAGCUGUUCUGCAGCACACGAGCAAAAGCCAACACUUCAACUCCUAUUUCAACUUCUUGAGCUCGUCAUCGGUGGCAGCUCAAAGCCGCGACCGAUUCGCGGAAAAUUGGUGGCUGACAGUGUGGCUGAAUGUGGCGGAGAUGCUCGAAGAGGAAUGCUUCCAGGCAUUUUGCCAAUACAUUGGCAGUGACGAGCGUGCGAAGCUGAAAGCUGGCAGGAUUUGCUAUCAUUUCCUCGAGGGCGACCAAAUCAGUUCGACUGCUGAUCCACAUCAGCCCAAGGAUAUUCCAUUCAAUCUGAAAUCCCUUCGGCUAACGUGGUUGGAUGAACAAGCUCGUCUUGUCAAGCUAGAGACAUUCGCGCCAACCACCCUGAAACCGGGAAUGUGGCCUUUCAGUGAUGUUGAUUGUGCGCUCGCCGAGCCGAUGCCUGUGGAAAUGGCACAUUGGUUCUGCGAAGGCGUGGGCACCCUGGCUUGCUUCUGCGCUGACAACAGCAGCUGGAGGUUGUUGAAGGCUCUCCUUAAGACAGGAAUGCACCAUUGUGUGUGCAACAAGACUUGCGAGAGCGUGCAAUCACGGUGCCUAGCCAACCCAGACUGGACAGGAGUCAAGCUCUUGGCUGAGAUGAAGGCCGACAUCAACUUCCUCCAGCCAGACUGCUUGGGCAGGCAGAAGAUGCGCGCCUCAGCUCGCUUCGAGCACCCAGAGGCAGUUGCUGUUCAGGCGCCUUCCCCCGCCUCUCUCCAGUUGGACGACGCAAAGGAUGACUUCACGGCACCUUUUCGAGAGGCUUGCGCUGGCACUCUACAGGUGACCCCGGAGCUGGAUUGUAACUUGUUGCACCCGAGCAGUGGCAUCACGCUCCUUAUGUGUGCUGCAGCCAGCGGAAAUCCGGAUCUAGUCGCUUCUUUGCUACAGAGCAGGUCGAACGUGAAGUCCCGUUCUUCGGAGAACUGCACUGCCCUGCAUUUUGCUGUGGAUUGUGCGUGGGGUAACGGAGCGAAUGCUUGUGUUCGACUUCUCCUCGAGGCUCGAGCAGAUCCAAAUGCCAGGUCCGGUGUGACUUCAACUGCACGAACGUGUACGAUGGGCACAGGGCUUAUGGCUGGUUGCAUGCCAGCCCUUGCUGGUGACAUGGACAAGCUUGACCUCCUGGUUGAACAUGGAUAUGAUGCGACGAUGAAGAGUGACAUGGAACUGUCAUGCCUGGCCUGGGCCAGCAUCGCCAGCUCCCAGAAGGCCGAUCGCAUGAUCCAGCGGUUAUUGGACUUGAAGUGCAGCUACAGCGACAGCCUGAACUCAGACCAGAACAAGAAAUGCCGUGUCAGCAAGCAACAGCUAUUUGGCGCGAACCUAAUCAACGGGAUCCGCCUGACCGUUCCUCGCAGCGUGUGGGAGUGGGUGGUGAGUCGCUUUCACGUGACGGACGUGUUCCUCCAGCAGUUGAUGAAGGAAGUCCCCGUGAACCACCGAGUCUUUAAGCACAAUUUUCCCAUCAUCUCCAGGACAAUCGCUCUUGGCGUACGGCACGACGUUCCCAUGCUGGAGGCUGUCUGCAAUCACAUCCCUUUGCUUACUGGCGAUCCCAGUGGGAUCAAGCUAGCACUCGCAAAUGGGCUGGACCUCUGCCAGCAUCAUCUUGUCUGGGACGUCUCGACGUGCAUCAAGAGGAAGUUCUUGUCUUUGAUCAUGUUCCCGCCCAAGAUUCCAUUGUAUUUCGAGCUAAGCUCCAAAACUCCUCCGACCGCAGAUUUCUUCUUCACUGCCUGGAAUCAUGUAUUUCACGACCUCCCGAUUGAUGAGAAGCUGUGGCCGUACGAUCUGAGGUGUUUUGUGAAUCUUGUCAAAACGGGCGGUGAGUCCGCCUGUGCAAAUGCUUGGCAAGAUUGGAAGAUGGCUCGGAAGUUUGCCGCCGAGAAGAGCCCUGUGAACAUUUGCAAUAUCAUCAGCUUCAAGCCAGAAGUCGCCAAGCUCUUUAAUAAGGACCUACAGAGCCAGGUUUUUGACAUGAUCUUGGGCUCGAGAUGGCUCAAGCAACAGAAGGUCUUCGAGGAACUCAAGGAUGUUGCGCUCCGCACUUUUUUUUAUGGCGCAGCGAUUCUACCCACAUCCGCUUUCCAUGUAAAGCCUCGGCUUCGUGUCGGUUGUGCCAUCGGCAUUGCAGCGGCUCCAAUCCAGUUUGCACUUGCAAAUCAGCUUAAUGUGGAUGAGCUCGCCUUCCACUUGCAUUGGGUGAAGUGUCCACCUGAUGCCGAUGCAGUUCUCGCAAUGUUGGGUGCCGGGCUUCUAGACCUGGCCAUCUUGCAGACAGAGGACGUGGUCCAAGCAGUGUCUCUUGGCAGCUCGCUUCGCAUCUGCGGCACGUAUACAUCGUCGCCCAGGCGCUUUGGACUUUACGUCUCCAGCCUGAAGGCUCAGGAAGCCCCUGGCGAAGUUCUUCGCUCUCCAUGCGGCGUGCUUCACAACUGCGUUGGGGCGCAGCUGGCGCUGCACAUGCUGGGUCAGCACCGCGACUGGCAAGCGCUUGGUGGCCUUUACCUGCGGCCCUUCUCGAGCCUGGAGGCGGCGAAAUCAGCCAUAGCUUCCGGGCGCGUGGAGAUGGUGCUGUGGGAGAAGUACCUGGCGUACGAUUGCGUGGCGUCCGGCGAGUGGGUGGAAGUGUGGCAGGCAGAGUUGCCAUGGUCCUCCUCGCUGUUCACAGCCACGAAGGAUGCCACGUACGCCAAGGCCCAAAGUGUGCAGAGAUUCAUCGACUGGGCGCGCCAGUCGGCUGAAGACUUCCUGGAGGCCGAGUCGGCAGAGGAUGUGGCCCAGCUGCUGGCCAGCACCUAUCGGCUGGUGGGAGUGUCAGUGAUCGUUUGGCUCAGCUCGGUCUCCUGGGCCUGCCGCUGCCAGGUGCGGCGGUCAGACCUGAAGACAGCGCUGGCCAGUCUCACCAAGGCAGGCCUCCUACGCAACAGUUCUCCUCCUGAGCCUCCCGUGCGGAGUCUUGCAAAGGGCUUCUGCGACCUGCUCGAGGAGGGCGAAAUGUUCGGGGACAUGUGCAGAGGCACACCCGACUCCAGAGAGGCCGGUCGCCAAGAUCUGACCGAUGGCCCAGUACCUGCUGGCUGA